AACAGCUGUUAUGUGUCUGAGUCUUGUAUCAGUGCCAGACUGGGGGUGGGACUCAAACUCCCAAAGUCCCUCAGUGUGAGCUGUUGCUAAACUUCCGAUCUGCAGCCUGGAGCUUUAAAAACACGUUAGAGAAGAGAAGUGAGCGCGCAUAUCAGGACAAUGGCGGAUGAAGCAUCAUUUGUGGAGGAGGGCGUCCCCCCCUCUCAGGCCCCCCUGGUGUCAGUCAGCUUCCAGAGGAGCGUCAAUCGGAAACAGAAGUACCUCGAGGCUGAGCCGAGAGCUCUGGGGAUCACUCAGAUCGGCCUGAGUCUGUUUCAGAUCAUCAGCUCGGUGGUGUUUUUGUCCAACGGCCUGAAUACUGCGCAAACUGACCUAACGAUCAUCGUCGCAUCUGUACUGGUGGUAAUAGCUGGGACUUUGACUGUUGCAGCACAGAACCUCCAGCUACCAAUGCUGAGGGCGUGUUUGGGGAUGCAGAUUGUGGCUGUUGGCGCCUCCGUCACCAACAUGAUCAUUUCUCUGGUUAAAAUGAAUGAGAUCCCCUACUUCUGCUGGCAUUACUACUAUGAUGUGAACUCCACCACAUAUGGCGACAUCUGCCAUAACAUUGAGGGCACCAUUUCACACUUCUGUUCCGAGUUUGUGCUCAUUCACGUUGCCCUGGUGACCAUCUCCAUCACUGUGGCUGCCUACUGCUGCAAGGUGGUCAACUGCUGCUCGCCAGCUCCCAAAAUGCCUGUGAUCACUGUGCAGGCGCCGCCCACACAGCAGUGAGGAGGAAACAGAUGUUCAGCUGCACCCAAAUGCCACAGAAUUUUUUUUAAACUGCACUGUUAAAAAUGUUGUAUCACCAAUGUAUCAAAUAACUCUGUGAAAUGUGAAAAGGGUUUGUUUUAAGCAGCUUAUGAGACAGAUGUUGUUUUUUAAAGCCGGUGGAGACCAAACCAGAGCCAAAAAAGGAGAGCAACUAUGGAAAUUCAGGCGGACAAAAACAUGGAUAAUAACUAAAGUCGAUCUGUGUCUGAUGGACGUUUUCUUCCAUAUUUUUCAUAGCAUUUUUAUAAUGUAAUAUAAUUAAGAAAUGAGUUUACAGGUUGUCCCAAUGCAACUAAUUGGUUAAGAAAUGCUUCUUUAAACAAUAACUUUAGUUAUUUUAAGUGGAAUUACAUUAUCAAGCUUCUGCACUUAACCAUAUUUUUUCAUUAUAUAUCUUUUUAUUUUGUAAUCAUCUCUAAUAAUACAAUUAAUCUCAGCCAAAUGUAUCUAUUAAGGUGCUGCAAUAAGGGACAAAUGCCUUAAAUAUAAACAGAACGUUUAAUAUUAAAGUGUCUCUACAGUGAGGAGCUCUGACUGAACUUUGGCAAUAGGAAGGAAUUACAUACUAAUGGCAAAUGCUCAAAUGUAAUGUGACUGCAGAGGUACGUCAUAAAGUUGUAAACAGGUCUUCUGAAGUUUGCUGACAUUAGCCACUGUAAUACCAUACCAUACCAGAGUAUUUUUGAGUUGAUGUGUAUUAUUGCUUAACUUUUUUAUAAGAGAAAGAUUGUGUUGUUUCUUCUUUAAAGGUACGGUCAUUUUACAGCCGAGGGGAAAUAAUACAAGACGAAUAAUCAGUGCUUACUAUAUAAGUUAACUCACUAAUCAAUGCUAAUUUUAUUCAGAAUGUAUGAUUGUACAGCUACCUAAAUAAUGCGUUUUUUUUUUACUGCAACUAAUAUUAAGAAAUAAUAAAUACCAAAAAAUGUAAA